AUGGGCCCAUGUUGCAGGACGGAGGCAUCGCGUGCAUCCUCGUCGCCGUUGACGGAGCCGCUGCUGCCGAUCAGUCCUGGGGCAAGUCCGAGUCACCAGUCCAAGGCCAACGGCAUCGACUUAGAGCGAAGCCCCCUUGGGGCCCGGCCCCAGCUGCCUGUCUCGUUCUCUCGAGAGUCACUGCGCAGCCAUGCUUUGCAGUUCGGCUCGCGCUGCAGGCGCGCUGCAUCGAGGUUGGCAGUGGAGUCUCCGAUGAGCCCGACGAAGAGCAUUUCCAUGUCGCGACACCUUUCGAAGCCGGUGUUGACGAAACCGAAGGAGAUCAAAUCCUUGGCGAAGAGCGUCAUGGACAGCAUCAACAACAAGGACGUCCUGGAUCCGGAGAAGCUUUACUCUAAGACUGGCUGCUGUCAGGCCAUUGCUCGAAGCUCUGUCUUCAAGUCUUUCACGAUGGCGAUGGUCCUGCUGAGCACUUUCUGGAUUGCCAUCGACACGGACUACAACCAGGGACAAGGGGACGGGGUGUUCUUCCUCAUGGACAACUUGAUUUGUGCAUAUUUCUGCUUCGAGAUCUCCAUUCGAUGGCUUGCCUACCAAGUGCCUCGGGAUGCCCUCUCGGAUAACUCCUUCCUCUUCGACCUCUUCUUGGCUGUCUCCAUGGCCGUCGAAACCUGGGGCUGGAUGCUGGUGGCGGCCGGUGUCGGCAUCCACAAGCAUCAGUCUUCACCAGGCAUCACGCCUUCACUGCGAGCGCUGCGGCUGAUACGGAUUACCCGCGCCUUCCGGAUGAGCCGAAUCUUCCGCUUUGUCCCAGAGCUGAUGAUCCUUCUCCACGGCAUGUUCCAGGCGAUCCGUUCGGUCCUCACGACGCUCCUCCUACUCGUUCUUGUAACAUACACCUUCGCAGUGGCCAUGACACAGCUGCUCCAGAACAAGAGUAUUGGUGGGGGGCGCUUUGACAGCGUCCCGCAAGCCACGACUUUCUUGCUCCUGCAGACACUCUGUGGUUUCGAUUAUCACUUCAUGAUGGACAUGAUGAAUGCGGACGCGCUUUCCUUCGCCUUCAUGCUCGCAUACCAGCUGGUAGGCUCCCUCACAUUGAUGAACAUGCUUAUCGGUGUCAUGGUGGAUGUCGUUGGCAACACCGCCCAGAUAGAACAGGAGGAGCAGAGCCUCAAGACCUUGAAAAGAGACAUCGCGGAUGUUGUGAAGCUUACCGAUGAGAAUGAGGAUCAGACUGUGACCUCUGUGGAGUUUAAUCACAU